AUGUGUGCUUUUAUGCGGCAGUUCUAUGGGCAGCUCUUUUUUGUGCCGCGAGAUUCAGAAGAAUGUUGCGCAGUUGGACCACACUGCAGCGUAUUACAGUUCAGCUUUCGACCGUCGGUUUAUAUUCUCGAUUGUGACAUUGGACAAGCUGAAAUGAAUCCACCAGGAUGUGUCUCUUUGCUGAAAGUGAAUUCACCACUUUUAGGUGUGCCGAUGUUCCAGCAAAGGACCGUUUUAGCGGACACGUACUUCUAUGGUAGAAUUGUCUUUAAAGAUGACAUGACAUCGUAUUUGAUGCUUCUUCGCAGGUUGCUGGAGCGUUUCAAGAGUGUCAGUGAUCCAUCUUCUCCUUUAUUAAUCAACACAUGCGGAUGGGUUGAAGGUACACUUUUUGAUCCCGAUUUUUUAUUCACUUUGACGACGCCAACAGGACCAAAUUACCAGGUAACGAAAUUAAAUUAUUUGAUUUCCAAUCUUCUAGUUAGUAGUCAACAAAAAAAGAGAUUCUAUACGAUAGAUUUAUUUGUGUUUUGCCUUACUACCUCUUCAAUAGGAUGGCGUGCUGAACAUCGAGGAUAAGU